CAAAAGGCCAACCUUUAGAACAAGAGAACACCCAAUAUAUGAUAUGUCCUCCUAAAACUCAGAACUAGAGGGGAAGCAAAAAGGGGUUUGGAGUUCUUGUCAGAAUUUUCCUUUCUCUGAUCUUCUUUUCUAUUCUGCAGACAGAGUCCAGGCUAUGGCGCAAGUGCUGCAGGAUGCGUUCAUCGGAGCUGUGAUGGGAGAGCUGCUGAAAGCAGUUCUGGAAGCCCAACGAAAGGCAGCAGCGUUCAGGCCGACCCUGCAAGAGCUCGAAUCCACUCUAGAAAAAAUAAAACCGAUCGUUGCCGAGAUCCAAGAGCUGAGCGAGGAGCUGAACCAGGAUAAGGGAGAGAUUGAACCAUUGGUGGAAGAGAUCAGGAAAGGUAAAGACCUCGUCUUGAAAUGUUCCGGAAUUCGAUGGUAUACAUGCUGGAAGAAGCCGAGCUACAAGGACAAAUUGGACGGCCUGGAGCGCUCCCUGAAGAGCUACCUUGACUUGGUUCUGCAGCUCCAAAUGGCGAGGGACAUUAAGAAAAAUUUGGUGGAAGUGAAGAAGGUUCAAGUAAUGGUUUUGGAUCGCGGGAGAAGGGCUGGUCUGGAGGGGUACUUUCUCCCUGAAGCGAUUCCGAAUCCCGUUGGAUUUCAGGUUCCCUUGUGGGAACUGAAGAUGGAGUUUUUCAAGGAUGACACUUCUCUGCUUGUUUUGUCUGCACCUCCUGGCUGUGGGAAGACCACUCUGGCUACUCUUUUCUGCCAUGACAAAGAUGUUCAAGAAAGAUUCAAGGAUAACAUCUUCUUUAUCAGAGUGUCGAAAAAACAAACAAUGGAGAGUGUUGUCCAGAGAAUGUACAUGCUCAAGGGUCAUAGAGAUCCUGUGUUUCAAGGUGAAGAAGAUGCUCACUACCACCUGGAAAAUCUCCUGAAGAGCAUGGAUCCGAACCCGAUAUUGUUAGUUCUGGAUGAUGUUUGGCCAGAAACAGUUUAUAUCCUUGACAAGCUAAAGUUUAACAUCCCCGGUUUUAAGGUUUUGGUAACUUCAAGGUCGGUUUAUCCCAAAUACAAAUAUCAGAAGCUAAACCCACUGAACGACAAAGAUUCCAGGACACUUUUCGACAACUCAGCAUUCCUCCCAGACCAACCAAAACCUGACAUUCCAGAGGAUGUCAUCAAUCAGAUAGUGAAAGAAUGCAAAGGGUUUCCACUAGCCAUUACAGUUGUUGGGAGAUCACUGUGUGGAGAGCCCAUUGAGGUGUGGAGAACGAGAGCCAUGGCGUUAGCCGAAGCUGGACCAGUAAUGGAAGGUAGUGAGCUGUACAGCGAGCUGUACAGUUGCCUUGAGAAGAGUUUAGAUGCAUUAGACAAGCAGCCCAAGGUGAAGCAAUGCUUCAUGGACUUGGCUUUGUUUCCUGAAGAUGAUUUGAUCCCUGCAGCUGCCCUAAUUGACAUGUGGUCUGAACUCUACAAACUCGAUGAAGAUGGCCUCCAGGCUGUGGCCAAUCUCUAUCAGCUCUCUGCAAGGAACCUAGCUGAUCUUGUUGUUACAAGGACUGAUGCUGAGGGCUACAACCAUCACUUUGUGACACAGCAUGACCUUCUGAGGGAGCUAAUCAUCUACCAAAGCAGCCUAGAGUUCAUGGAACAGAGGGACAGACUAAUAGUCGAGAUAUUCAGGAAUCAAGUUCCUGACUGGUGUUCUGAAAGAAAGCAGCUUAGCAUUCACUGCCGCAUUCUGUCCAUCUCCACAGAUGAAAAGUUCUCCAGCAGCUCGUGGAGAAUCCAAGCACCAGAACUCCAAGUCAUGGUCCUCAACUUCCGCACCAAAACCUUCACCCUGCCAAAAUUCAUGACAGGACCAAACGAAACCCCUCUCGAAGUCCUGAUACUCAGAAACUAUGGCGUCUCCCCAGCUGACGUCAAAAACUUCCCCCAACUCCUCUCAUCCCUCUCAACCCUCAAAAAGAUCAGGCUCGAACAAAUCUCAAUCCCUCCAUCCCUCUUCACCACUCUCCACUUCCAAACCCUGGAGAAAAUCACCAUAGUCCUCUGCCGUGUAACCCUAGCUUUCAAUCCCUCGUCUUCCCGAAUUUCACAACCACUCCCAAACCUUAAAGAGAUCAACAUCGACUACUGCAAAGAUCUCGUCGAAUUACCCAUCGAAAUCUGCAAGCUCACUAACCUGAAGAAGCUGAGAAUCACGAACUGCCAUAACUUGGCCGCGCUCCCCGAUGAGAUCGGGUCGCUGAAGAACCUCGAGGAGUUGACGCUGAGUUCGUGCAUAGGGUUGUCGGAGCUGCCGGAGGCGAUUGGGUAUCUGGAGAAUUUGAGGAGCCUGGACAUAUCGGAAUGUGCUGACGUCAGGAAGCUGCCGGAAGCCAUUGGGGAGCUGGGGAAGAAUCUGAGGAGGAUUCAGAUGAUGGGUUGUUCGAAGAACUUCUGGGUUCCCGAUUCGGUGCUGAAGCUGGAGAGUUUGGAGGAAGUUGGGUGUGAUGAAGAUACUGCGCCAUUGUGGGAGCCUUUUGUUCAGGUGAUGAAGAGGUUGAAGGUUAAGGUCCGGAAGGAAGAGAUCAACUUGAAUUGGCUCCACGGUGGUCGCUUCUGAAAAUGUUUACUGUGAUUGGCUCAUUAAUCAAUCAUGUAUAUGGUGUUACAUAGCAAAACUAUUGUUUGAUGAUCCUCUGUAAAAUAUAUGUCAUCAAAUGUACAAACAUAAAUAACAUUUAAAAAAUUUCGAGCUUUAAGAAGGCACUAUAUAUGUAAGGUGAGAAUUGGGUUUUACUUAGCGCCUAAUUUAUCUAGGUAUCGAUUAAGCUUACCUAGACGUUGAGCAUAAUAAUAGUGUACAUUACAUUAUGAAUAAAAUAGCAGUUCACAA